UAAAAAUGUCAACUUUAGAAAACAUAGUCAAUAACUAAGAAGAUUACAACGAAUUCAAUAAUGACGAUGAUUUUGAUUUUUUAAAUUUUGAGGUACCAUAAUUAGUAAGAAGAGAUGGAGCUAUUCAAUAAGAAAUUGUUUAAGGAUAUAUAAUCCUUGACAAAAUGUUAGAUAAAACUUAUAAAGAGGAAGCAUGUCCAAUUUGUUUAAGUGAAGAUGAAGAGCUGUACCCAUUGUAUUGUGGUCAUACCUUUUGCUAAAAUGACAUAAAUAAUUUGCUAACGGAUUCCCAAUCUAAGCAGAAUAUUGUUUGUUGUCCGAUAUGCCGAUAAUACUAAUUUAUAGAGUCAUUUAAAAUGUUAUAGGAACUAAAAAUUGCUUCAAUAAAUACAAUUUAAAAAGACAACAAUGUAACAUGUUGA